GCAAAAUAUGACCUUGAAGAUGCUUACACUUUACUCGAAAAACUUGGAACUGGCUCUUUUGGAACAGUAUAUAAAGCCGUAAAGAAGGAAACAAAUGAAGUUGUAGCAAUUAAGAUAAUUGAUAUGGAGAAUUCUGAAGAUGACAUAACUGACAUACAACAAGAAAUAGCUUUAUUGGCACAAUGUGAUUCUCCUUAUAUCACUCGUUAUUACGAUUCUUUUGAGGAAUCAUCAUCACCGCCAUCACCUGGACUUGGUUUUACAGAAAUGAUUUAUACAAGAUGGAUUGAACAAUUGAAAUUUAAAUGGUUAUGGGGUUAA